AUGGACACUAAAGCCGAGGAGCUCCUCUUCCUCGCGUCGCAGCUCAAACGGUCCCUUACCUCCUUAACCACGGCCGAACCGCCAUUUUCCAUCUCUAUAAUCGACGUCUCCGCGUCUCCGUCAUCCGCGGCUCUCGUUACAAGCACACCAUUCCCUAUUAUCUCCGUCACCGACGUCCUCGCGUCGAAUCCAGACGCCGCCGCGAAAUCCGCCGCGUCUCUCGCCGCGGAUCGCGGAGAGGCGGUGCAGGCGGUGGCCGACGCUCUGAAGCGGUUCGUGCGGGGGAAGUGGGACGCGGGCGCGCUGGCGGGCGCGGCGGGGAUCGGGGGGAGCGGCGGAACCGCCAUCAUUGCGCCCGUGCUUAGGGAACUUCCCGUUGGCGUUCCCAAGAUUAUUGUCUCCACCGUCGCCAGUGGCAACACCGCACCGUACGUGGGAACGUCGGACCUGUUGCUGCUCCCAUCAGUGGCGGACGUGGCGGGGCUGAACGCCAUUCUCCGCGCAGCCCUCUCCUCCGCCGCCGCUGCCCUUGCUGGCAUGCUGCUCCUGCGCGCCCUGCCCGCCCAACCGCCUUCCCCUGCGGCUGGGGAGACUGCUCUGGGCGUGUGUGCGCCUGUGACGGUGGGGAUCACGAUGUUUGGGGUUACCACCCCGUGUGUUACGGAGGUGCAGCGCCUUCUCAGCAGCAAGGGCGGGAAGGAGGGCAAGGAGGGAGGCGCAGAGGCUGUGGAGACGGUGGUGUUCCAUGCGACGGGCAUGGGGGGAAGGGCCAUGGAGGAGAACGUUGCGUCUGGACUCAUUCAGGCCGUACUGGACAUCACAACAACAGAGGUGGCGGAUUUCAUAGUGGGCGGCACCAUGCCGUGUCGGCCCACCAGAUUCGACGCCGCCAUCCAGAGGAAGGUUCCUCUCGUGAUCAGCCUGGGGGCGCUCGACAUGGUCAACUUCGGAGAAGCUUCCUCCGUGCCCAAGGAGUUUGAAGGGCGCACCUUCCACGUGCACAACCCACAGGUCACCCUCAUGCGCACAACGGCCGACGAGAACCGUCGGAUCGCGCAGUUCAUCGCGGACAAGAUGAACCAAUCACAGGCGCCCGUGACACUACUAAUACCUGAGGGGGGGCUGUCCGCUCUAGACGCCCCGGGGAUGGCCUUCUGGGACCCUGCUGCCAAUGCUGCCCUGUUUGAGGAGCUGGAGACACACGUGGAGCACACAGAUAGCAGGAAGACCAUUCGCCUGCCCCACCACAUCAACGACCCUGCCUUUGCUGCUGCCCUCGUCAACGCUCUCCUGCCCCUCCUCCCAUCCACCACUGCUCCCACCGCUGCGGCCCCGCCUGCUUCUACUGCUCCUCCCCCUCCCCAAACCUCCGAACCAGCUUCCGCCACAACCACCCCUGCCCUCUCCACCUCUCCCUCCCCUAAUCCACCCCUCUCCACCACACUCAACCCACCUCCUGCCCUCGACCUCACCCCGAUUCCCUGGCUGGUCGACCGUCGCACUGCCAUCCUGCACUCCCUGCGGUCCCAAGUGGCAGCAGGGAGGGCGAUCAUAGGGGGUGGGGCAGGCACAGGCAUAAGCGCCAAGUGUGAGGAGAUGGGGGGAGUGGAUCUCAUUGUCAUCUACAACUCGGGCCGGUUCCGCAUGGCUGGGCGCGGGUCGCUGGCGGGGCUGCUGCCGUUUGCUGAUGCCAAUGCUGUGGUGGAAGACAUGGCUAAGGAGGUGCUGCCGGUCAUCAAGUCAGUGCCAGUGCUAGCAGGCGUGUGCGCCACGGACCCCUUCCGCCAGAUGCCUCUCUUCCUGCGCCGCCUCGCCGCCCUCGGCUUCGCGGGGGUCCAAAACUUCCCCACCGUCGGCCUCUACGACGGCUCUUUCCGCACCAACCUAGAGGAGACCAACAUGGGGUACCCGCUCGAAGUCGCCAUGAUUAAAACGGCUAGUGUGCUGGGUUUCCUCACGACGCCGUAUGCUUUUAACGAGGAGGAGGCGCGGAGCAUGGCUGGGGCCGGGGCAGAUGUGGUGGUGGCGCAUAUGGGGCUCACGGCAGCGGGCAGCAUAGGGGCGAGAACGGUGUGCUCUCUACAGGAGGCGGUGGGGCGAGUGCAGCGCAUGGCCGAUGCUGCUAGAGGGGUGAACCCCAACGUUCUCGUGCUGUGCCAUGGUGGUCCCAUCAGCGGGCCAGAGGAGGCGUGCUACAUACUGCAGAACACGCGGGGGGUGCACGGCUUCUAUGGCGCCUCCAGCAUGGAGCGCCUGCCCGUGGAAACUGCCAUCACAGACAACCUCAAGGCCUACAAGGCCAUUCGCCUGCCUGCUUGA